GUUAGUGACUUUCAAUCACGUUUUUAUGCUACUCUAAUGGAGCUUGAGUCUCGAAAAUUAUAGCUGGAAAAUUUGGACUUCUGUCAAGAGACCGAGUUUCUGCCAAUGGAAAGAUCAAAGAAGAAAAAGCUUGAACAAGCCUUCGAUUCGAGUGGAUCAACAUUUCGGUUGUGACAGAAGACAGGGUCUUGGUGCCUUUAAGCACCUCAGGCAUACAUUUUAAAUCAUGCAAGGAAGCUGCAUUCUAUCUAAGAGAUCACUCCUUGUCAAAUGUUGCUGAAGAAAAGGCGUCUGAGGAGAUGAAGCAGAUGGAGGAUGCUUGCCAUAAAGUUCCCAAAUCUGUGAAUGAAGUUGGCAGUUCAUCUGUUCCUGAGGGAAAUGUUAACUUGCCUUCAACGGAUAACUUGUUUGAUGUUAAAGUUGCCAGCCUUAUCGACUGCUCUUCUUGUGGAAUAGCAUUUGAAGACAUCCAAGGGCUGGAGAAGCACCUGGCUAGUGUUCACAAGAAAACCACAAGAAGAUUCGAUCUCCCGACAACUGAAGGCGCAGGGCACCGUGCUUCAGGAAAGCAUGCAGCUAUGGAUAUUGAUGAGCCAAACUUAGAUAAACCCUAUGCCCAGCAGAAUGGGGAAGGAUCUCCAAGUUCACGGAAGAUAGGCGAAACACAAGAAUCAGUUGGCGUCAUCAACGGGAGGUUCAAGACCAAUUGUACAUGGUGCAACAAAGGGUUCCUUUGUGAGCCGGUUGAUGCCGAAACUAUGGCGGAUGCAACUGGAUUCAUGUGUCCACAGUGCAAAGACAAAAUCUGUGGGGGAUUCGAGAGGAGUUUGUCAAGGUCUCAUCAACCUUAAAUUUUUAGUUAGUUUCUAAAUACCACACUUUUCGGUUUUUAAUUUUGAGUUGCCUUGUGGGUGGGAUUUACUGGGUUU